AUGUCGCAGCGGGCACGUCACACGGCUGCUGGUGCUGCUUCUAGAAACAAAACAAAAUCAACACAACGUAAAACACGUUCUACUCGUAAUAAUCCCAUUCAGAAGAAAGCUUCACGUGUGGCACAGAAAAAGUCGCCAGCACAACGUCAGUUAACAAAACGUUCAUCAACAACUACGACAAAUGCUAGUACAACAACAGCAACAUCUCCCUCCUUAUUCGUACGCCAAUCGCGCAAAAAGCCGUCCAAUUCAUCUCCAUCGAAUCGUUAUAAAAAUAAGAGACAAGCAGUAUUACGAGCUGAAACAUUACUAGUUUAUUGUUCAAAUGUUUUAUCAUCUUCAAAUGAAGAAAAAAGAGACAGUCAUAUUGAUGACACAUUAUCAGCAGCUACAGCAACCAUUAAAACAAACAAAAGAGGACGAGCUAAAUCAACGAAUAGUAGUCCACAAUCAAAAAAUAUUAAUGUUAAGAGAAAAAAGAAAUCAAUACCAAAAAAGGUACUGAAAUUCUAG